GUAAUUGAAAGUGACUUCCUGAUGUUCAUUCACUCAAAUCACGCUCGUUGAAAAUGCGUGUGAAAUUAUUUGUGAUAAUUUCAAUCAGUGCUGCUUUUAUUCUGACGGUUGUUACAGAAUGGAAAAAUUCAUUUGCAUCAAGAAUAUGGAGCUUUUCUCCGAAGUUGCCAACUCAAAGAGUGUUGGUUGUUGCCACAGGACGAUCCGGAUCAUCAUUUGUGGGAAGCAUGUUGGAAUUUGGUGAAAAUGUCUCGUACUUGUUCGAACCACUUUGGUUCCAUCGAUACACCAUUUCAGAGAAAAGGGAACAUAAUCUUCCAUUGUUUGAAACGUCAUUGCCAGUUAACCAAAUCACUCUUGAUGAGACCAUCGAAACAUUUGAAGCAGCCUUCAAUUGCGAUAUCGGGUAUUUUCGGUCCUUGGUGAGGAAGCAAGGCAGAUCAGCGGCGACGUGGUUUCAGAAAUAUGUUCGACCUUUCUCGAAAACAUGCCAAUCACAGAAUCCAAUCGUUAUCAAAGUCAUCAGACUGUUAGUUACAGAUGAUUUCCUCAGCUGGGUGAAUCAUCCCACGAACGAUGUUGGGAUAAUAUUCCUCAUCAGGGAUCCGAGGGGCGUCUACAAUUCUCGGCUACAACAGCCCCCAUCCGAAAAAUUUUCGUUUGACAUGGAUGGAUUGUGUUCCAGAGUCUUCCUCGAUUAUGAGGUUCUGCAAAAAUACGCAAGAGAUAAACUUUUAAUAGUUCGGUAUGAAGAUGUCGCUGCAAACCCGCAAAAAGAACUUGAGCGCAUGUAUGACUUCUUGCAUUGGAAAGUGACCGAAGCAGUGUUGGAAAGCCUUGGCAGUCACAUUUCAAACAAAAGCGAAAAUUCAGAGAAUAUCCCGAAGUAUUUUUCUACGUAUCGUGAUUUGAAUUCCUUCGAUCCAAUGGUGACUCCGAAACGCCUGGCUGUCGUUUCGAGUGUAAUGCUGUUGUUACUUUUUGCAUUCACCACGUUGCAAACUUUUGAGACUCGUGAGCAAAGACUUAUUCCGGUCUCAACGACGACACAAGCAGUACCGGUCACGAGGAACAGUGCGAAUAAGCGUGUACUUGUCGUGGCAGAGGCAAGAUCUGGAUCAAGUUUCAUUUCGAGGCUCAUAGCUUCAAGGGAAAACACUUCUUUCUUUUUCGAACCACUUUACUUCCUCAAAGAAGAACUUGGAUUGUCUAAACAAUUCCCUAGACAAAAUCAAAUGAACUACAGUCACGAUCGAUCUCUCGACCUAGUUAUUCCUGAUGACAAUGAAAAAGCACUGAAGUCAAUCAAAGCUGCUCUUGACUGUGACAUCAUGGUCAAAGUGAUACGUUACGAAGACGUCGUCAAUGAUGCAAAUUCGUACCUUCGUUCGAUCUAUUCGUUUUUGUCGUGGUCCGUUACGGACGAAGUCAAUGAUGCGCUACGGAGGCAGUUUUAUUUCCGUCGCAAGAUGUUGAGACAACGUUCGGUACAAAAAUGGGGCUCGUGGAAUCGAAUUGCAAGUCCUGAAAGUUGGAAAUCGGAGCUUCCUACUGUCAUUGCAGAAAAAAUUGCCAGUUCACCGCAUUGCAAAGAAUGGAAAAGAUUAGCAAAGGAUGUGGUAGCGAAGAACAGUCAGUUGUAG